CGCCGCCGCGCGGUCCGCGAGCUCCGGCUCCGCAGCGCGACGCGCGGGGUCAGUGGGCGCGCUCCGGCCUUGGCCGUUUCCCUCUCUCUCCUUGCCUCGGAAGGUCCGGGGCGCCGAGGCGCGGCCGUGGAACCCAGCAAAGCGGCGAUGGAGCGGAGGCCACGGAGGAGGUCGCGGGGCGGCGCGCGCUCGGCGCCCAGGCUGGCCGCCGCGUCCCGGUCCGGGGCGUCCCAGUCCGGGGCGUCCCGGUCCGGGGCGUCCCGGCCCGCUGUGUCCGGGUCCGCUGUGUGCCGGCCCGCCGCGUCCCGCUCCUCGGAGCCGCCGGGCGCGCAGCUCUGGCUGUUCCCCAGCCUCGCGGGCGUCCGCAGCGCGCUGUCCCGGAGGACCGAGGCGACGCGCCAGCUGUGCUGCACGCGCGGGCGCCUGGCGGUGCUGGAGCGCGGCGGGGCCAGCGUCGAUGUCCACCAGCUGCCGGCCGGGAGCGACGGCGCCGGGAAGCCCGAGUGCAUUAAGUUAGGAAAAAAAAUGAAGAUACAUUCCAUGGACCAAGGAGCAGAGCACAUGCUGAUUCUAUCCUCAGAUGGGAAACUGUUCGAGUACAGCUAUAGCAUAGAACAUGCAAGGUUUCAAUGCGUUUUACAAGAAAAAAAUAUACUUCAGAUCACAUGUGGAGAUUAUCAUUCUCUUGCACUUUCAAAAGGUGGUGAGCUUUUCUCAUGGGGGCAGAACUUAUACGGGCAGCUCGGAGUUGGAAGAACGUUUGACUCAACCCCCACACCACAGAUUGUGGAGCGCCUCUCAGGAGUCCCCUUGGUUCAGAUUUCUGCAGGAGAAGCCCACAGCAUGGCUUUGUCCAUGUCCGGAAACGUUUACUCGUGGGGAAGAAAUGGUUUUGGACAGCUAGGCCUGGGCCACACCAACAAUCAAGAUUCUCCUUCCCUUGUUGAAGCACUGGCCAGUCAGAAAGUGGAAUUUCUCGCUUGUGGUGGCUCUCACACUGCCGUGCUCACAAAGGAUGGGCUGGUGUUCACUUUUGGCGCUGGAAAAUAUGGGCAACUCGGUCACAAUUCAACACAGAAUGAGUUAAGACCCUGUUUGGUGACCGAGCUUGUUGGAAAUAGAGUGACCCAGAUAGCAUGUGGAAGGUGUCACACACUUGCCUAUGUUUCUGAUUUGGGGAAGGUCUUUUCUUUUGGUUCUGGAGAAGAAGGACAACUGGGAAACGGUGGAACACAUAAUCAGCUGAUACCACUUCCCAUGAAAUCACCAUCAAAUGAAGACCUCAAAUUUGAAAGCCACACCUCAGAAAAGGAGUUAAUAAUGAUUGCUGGAGGGAAUCAAAGCAUUUUGCUCUGGAUGGAAAAAGAGAAUCCAUACGUUAAUCUGAGGAGGAAGAUUCCUACAUUGAAUGAAAGGACUAUAAAGAGAUGGAUUGCUGAUGUGGGAACUAAACAGUGGCAAAAUACAAAAAGGGAAAUCAGAGAGAUAUUUUCAUCUCCUGCUUGUCUGACUGGAAGUUUUUUAAAGGAAAGAUUAACUGCAGAAAUGAUGUCUGUUAAUUUGGAUGUAAAUAAAGCAAGAAACACCUUUAAGGAGUUAACCCAAAAGGACUGGAUUACUAACAUGAUAACCACAUCUCUCAGGGAUAAUCUGCUCAAAAAUCUUCCAUUUCAUUCUCCACACCAAGAAGCUUUAGCAGUUUUCUUCGUUCUCCCAGAAUGUCCCGUGAUGCAUGAUGAUAAGAACUGGGAGAGCCUGGUGGUUCCAUUUGCAGAGGUGAUUUGUAAAAUGAGUGACCAGUCUCUAGGGGUUCUGGAGGAAUACUGGGCUUCUCUGCAAGAAUCCUCUUUCCACAAACUGGUCCAGAUGUUUAAAACAGCCGUCGUGGCUCAACUGCGUUAUUGGGCUGAAAGUGUAGAGAGUAACUGUCGCCUUAGAGCUCUCCUAGAAGUGCUGAAAAGGCUGCACAGGGUAAACAAAGCUAACUGUCUGCUACCAGAAAAUACUUUCAACGUAAAUGAACUCUCAUAUUUGUUGGACAUUUGUAAAGAUAAAAGAGUGUUCUUGAGGAAGAACAACCUGAUACCUGCGGAAAAUGCCAAUCCCCUUAUUUUCAGUGAUUUUCCAUUUAUCUUUAAUUUGCUAUCCAAAAUUAAAUUAUUCCAAGCUGAAUCCUUUAGACAAAUGCAGAAUGCAAGAAAGAGUGCAUACCAGAGGCAAAUGAUUUGGCAAGGAAAGGAUGCAUUCCCUAUAUUUAUACUUCAGGUCAGACGGAGUCACCUAGUUGAAGAUGCUCUGGGUCAGUUAAGCCAAGCUGAAGUCACUGACCUCCGGAAAGAGUUAGCGAUUGCAUUUGUUAAAGAAAUUCGUCCUGAGAGUGCAGGGGUCAAGUCUGAGUUCUUCCACUGUAUAUUUGAAGAGAUGACCAAGACAGAAUAUGGGAUGUUCAUAUAUCCCGAAGAGGGUUCCUCCAUGUGGUUUCCUGUGAGCCCUAAAUUUGAGAAGAAGAGCUAUUUCCUCUUUGGGAUGCUGUGUGGACUCUCCCUAUACAACUUCAAUGUUGCCAACCUUCCUUUCCCACUGGCUCUGUUUAAGAAACUUCUGGACCAAAAGCCAUCAUUGGAAGAUUUAAGAGAACUCAGUCCUCUUUUGGGAAAGAAUUUGCAAGAAGUUCUAAAUGAUGAAUCUGAUGACAUUGAAGAAGAUUACAUCUAUUUUUCUAUACACUGGGACCAAAAUGAUGUUGAUCUAAUUCCAAAUGGGAUCUCUGUACUUGUGGACCAAACCAACAAGAAAGACUAUGUUUCUAAGUGUGUUGAUUACAUUUUCAACACCUCUGUAAAGGCAGUUUAUGAGGAAUUUCAGAGAGGAUUUUAUAAAGUCUGUGACAAGGAGAUACUUAGACAUUUCCAGCCUGAAGAACUAAUGACAGCAAUAGUUGGAAAUACUGAUUAUGACUGGGAACAGUUUGAAAAGAAUUCAGAAUAUGAGCAACGAUACCACAAAUCACAUCCUACUAUACUGAUGUUUUGGGAAGCUUUUCACAAAUUAACUUUGGAGGAAAAGAAAAAAUUCCUCUUUUUUCUUACAGCAAAUGAUAGGUUGCCUGUAAGAGGCCUACAAAAAAUGGGAAUCAUAUUUCGCUGUCCUGAAACCUUCAGUGAAAGAGAUUACCCGAGAUCAUUGACAUGUCAUAAUAUUCUGGAACUCCCUGAAUAUUCGACAAUGAGAAGAAUGGAGGAAGCACUUCAAGUAGCCAUCAACAGCAACAGAGGAUUUGUUGGACCCAGGGUCACACAGGGAUAGUCACCCCUGGGAGUUUCCCUGAGGCCUCAGCUUCUCAGGUCCCCCCACGCUUGGAUUCCUCUGGUUUUCCUUAGGUCUAAUAGUACAAAGGGUUGAUGGAUUUUAGUUAGAAUUAGUGGACAAAUGUUAGGAUAAACAAUGAAGUGAUGAAUCAGGAUGGUAUUUAAUGAAUCAGCAUUUCCUGAUCCCUAAACUUGCUGUGAGGAUGUUUGCUUUUUACUGAAUUAUUUCCUGAACAAUAAUCAUUUAAAAAUAAACUGAAUAUGAAAAGCUAAAAGAUAUUUUUAAAAAUAUUGUACAUCUAAUAAAUACUGUCUGCAAAUGUGAAAGACAUGCUGAAGUUUGAAAAAAAUAAAAUAUAAACUAAUUCCACAUGUUUUUGAGGCAUCUACAAGUACAUUUUAUAUUCUGGAAUGUCUCUAGAGUUUUGAUUUUAGCCAACUGCUGAAUAAUUUAUUUGGAAAAUCUAAAUGUGAAGGGAUUCAUUAAUUCAUGGAAUAAUUACUUAGGCUCAGUACUGUGUUCCAAGAAUCAUUCUAAAUGCAGAUUAUCAUUACUUUGGUAAAACGCUGAACCCAACCAGGAACUCUUGUCUAAUUGUAAUUGGAGAAAAUGAAGAACAUGAACUAUGUCUCAGUAUCAUGGUUACAGAAUGAUUUAAAGGAGAGAUAUAAGUAUGGAAAUGGCCAAUGAUCUUUGUAGGCCAGUCCUUUCUCAUAUUAAAUUUUUAAACUGUAA